AAGUCCCGGGCGCCUUCUCCCAACUCGAGGGGCCCGAGCCAGGGAAGAACGGCGGAUUCUCGGUGACUAGAGUUCAGUGCUCUGCUGCCUCCUGCUCCGCGUGAACGGAGGGAGCCUCGGAACCGCGGGGGGCGGCGCAGGUGCUUCGGCGCCGGGCGCCGCGUCUCACACAGGGCUGGGGCGGUCAGAGCCCGCUGGGCAGGGAGCCACCGGCGAGCCCCGGGAGAGCCUGGCCAGCUCUCGGGGUGAGAGCCCAAACUGGAAGAUCCAACCGUCCUGGCAGUCGCAACCUGGACGCGGAGCCAGGCCAGCGCGCGGCGCGGAGACUGAUCCUGGGCCUGCUUCCUGGCCACAUACUACACUGACUAAUGAGAUGAGAGCUCAUCCUUCGAUAUAACCUUGAUGAUAAUCUGACUUCUUCAGACUAUUUGGCAUUGGCAGCUGGGCCUGCUGCAGACUUCGGAGAUGACUGGGACUAGGAGACCACCUUCUCAAGGCAAAAGGAAAAGGAGGUGACAGGCCUUGAGACCACUGAAGGGAACCCAUGGCUAGGAUCAGUUUUUCCUACCUCUGCCCAGCCUCCUGGUACUUCACUGUGCCCACAGUGAGCCCAUUUCCCCGGCAGCGGGUGGCAUUCCUAGGACUCUUCUUCAUAUCCUGUCUCCUCCUUUUACUUAUGUUAAUCAUGGACUUUCGACAUUGGGGUGCUUCAUUACCACGAGACAGGCAAUAUGAAAGGUAUUUGGCUCGAGUAGGAGAUCUUGAAGCUACUGACACUGAAGACCCAAAUCUAAAUUAUGGACUUGUUGUGGACUGUGGCAGCAGUGGCUCUCGGAUUUUUGUUUAUUUCUGGCCAAGACAUAAUGGGAAUCCUCAUGACUUGCUGGACAUCAAACAGAUGAGAGACCGUAACAGCCAACCAGUGGUUAAAAAAAUCAAGCCAGGAAUCUCUGCAAUGGCAGACACUCCAGAACAUGCCAGCGAUUACCUUCGUCCUCUGCUGAGCUUUGCUGCUGCUCAUGUGCCUGUGAGGAAGCACAAGGAGACCCCCCUUUACAUCCUAUGCACAGCAGGCAUGAGGCUUCUCUCCGAGAGGAAGCAGUUGGCUAUCUUGGCUGAUCUAGUGAAAGAUUUACCUCUGGAGUUUGACUUCCUCUUUUCUCAGUCUCAGGCAGAAGUGAUCUCUGGGAAGCAGGAAGGGGUUUAUGCAUGGAUUGGAAUCAACUUUGUUUUGGGAAGAUUCGACCAUGAGGAUGAAUCAGAUGCCGAGGCUCCCCAGGAAUUGGCAACAGGACGCAGAAGGACAGUAGGGAUCCUGGAUAUGGGAGGAGCCUCUCUCCAAAUUGCUUAUGAAGUUCCUACCUCAACUUCUGUCCUUUCUCCACAACAGGAAGAAGCUGCGAAGAUAUUGCUGGCCGAGUUCAACCUGGGCUGUGAUGUGCAACACACUGAACAUGUGUAUAGGGUUUAUGUCACAACCUUUCUGGGAUUCGGGGGCAACUUUGCCCGGCAGCGCUAUGAAGACCUUGUGAUGAAUGAAACUCUUAACAAGAACAGGUUGCUGGGCCAGAAGACAGGUCUGAGUCCCGACAAUCCAUUUCUAGAUCCCUGCCUGCCUGUGGGACUCACGGAUGUGGUGGAAAGGAGCAGCCAGGUCCUUCACGUCCGAGGAAGAGGGGACUGGGUGGCUUGCGGGGCCACGCUGAGCCCGCUGUUGGCUCGCUCCAGCACCAGCCAGGCCUCGCUGAAUGGCGUCUACCAGUCACCCAUUGACUUCAACAACAGCGAGUUCUACGGUUUCUCCGAGUUCUUUUACUGUACAGAGGAUGUGUUACGCAUCGGUGGCCGAUACCACGGGCCAACAUUUGCCAAGGCUGCUCAGGAUUACUGUGGCAUGGCUUGGUCAGUACUCACUCAGAGAUUCAAGAAUGGCCUCUUUUCAUCACAUGCAGAUGAGCAUCGACUCAAAUAUCAGUGUUUUAAGUCAGCUUGGAUGUACCAGGUUCUUCAUGAAGGAUUCCACUUUCCCUAUGACUACCCAAAUCUGCAGACAGCCCAGCUGGUCUAUGACCGAGAGGUUCAGUGGACACUGGGAGCCAUUUUGUAUAAAACACGCUUCUUACCACUCAGGGAUCUACGGCAGGAAGGUGCCCGACAGGCCCAUGGUAGCUGGUUCCGUCUCUCCUUUGUGUACAACCACUAUCUUUUCUUCGCCUGUAUCCUGGUGGUGCUGCUGGCCAUCAUCCUGUACCUUCUGCGGCUACGCCGAAUUCACCACCGACAAAGUCGAGCCUCAACCCCAUUGGACUUACUGUGGAUCGAGGAGGUGGUGCCCAUGAUUGGGGUACAGGUUGGGCCAUGAGGCUGGACAGGUUCUAGGGGAACUCAAGUAUUCAGAAUUGCUGCCCAUUGAAUUCCACCACAUUCUGGUACUGGCCUCAGAUGCUGCUUUGCCUGACUUUGUGGAUAUUUGGCCUUGAAAUUUCUACUUUAGUACCUACUUUAAUUCAUUCUCAAUAUCCAGGUCCUCUUCUCUGAGAGAAGCUGUAAUUUAGUCUAUGAAGAACUAAAUGAGAGAUUGGUGCUAACAAAGGGAACCAACUUUAGUCCAAUUGAAGCAUGCUUCUACUCCUUUAUCUGAGUGAUCUGGUGUGCUCCUGGGGUCUAGACUUUUCUCCCCUUGCUUAAAGCUUGAAGUUUGGCAUUGGGCACACUGGAAGUCUGGUUGAAACCAAACUUGGAGCAUCUGAUUCAAAGCCGAAGACAUUCUAGCAAGUGCAGCAGCCCCUUCUUUCUCUGUAACAGAGAUAUCACUUAUGUGGAGAUCCACAGCCUUUAAUAGGGAUCCAAGAUCUUUGCAGUUCAGCGGAACAGAUAAGAAUUUCCAGGCAACCAAAAUAACACAGCUUCUUUGCUUACUCAACAAAGAAGCCAUUGUGAGUGUGGUCCAAGAUCCCUGACAUACUGUUGCUGAUGUUAAUUUGUGAUUUUAAAAGGUUAGAACCCUUUCUAAAUGAAUGGUCCAUUGACGAUUCUAACAAUAUGUUAUCUGAUGCCUGGUAAGACCAGGAUAGAAAAUUUUUCCAUGUCUAUGUGCCUCACAGGCUGUUUGGGCAUUAAUUUUUCCUUUUGAACCUUAAGUGUGCUUGUAGGGUUGGAGAAACUGUGAUGGGAAUUGGAGACCUAGAUUUGUCUGCUUUCAGGUCACUGUCCUCUAGGCCUAUUUUUAUGAGUCCUUAUGCGGGAAGAUUAAAAAAAAAAGAGUUCCUUUAUUUCACUUCUAAGAUCAAUAUGUAUUUUGGGAAGGGAUGCAUUUGGAUUGUUUUUAAAGAAAGAAAGAACAGUAUCAGGAGAGUGGACAAAGGCAAUAAAAUCCAAGCUCUUAUUUAUUAAUGUUUUUCUGAGAAACAGAAGUUCUCUCAAUUUGACUCUUGGAAUAUUUGAAAAGAAGCAAAUCCCAAACUUUGGAAUAAACAGGUAAAUCUGUUAAUAAUCUACCUGGCAACUUUCAGAAUAUUUCUUAAGAGAGUUCUCAGUCAUAAACAGCAUUUCCAUUAAUGGGGAGAGAGGAAAAGCCAUAGUAAUUACAUUUUUAUCUCCUACCCUUCAGGAGCUUUGCUUUUUCUCUUCAUUUAGCCUUCAAAUUGCACAAGGGUUUCUUUUUCAUCCCCGUGGAACCUUCUUUAUACGUUAAUAACCAUUCCUCUAUGUAGCCUUAAAUGUCCUGCCCAAGAAUAUGCUCCCAGAGUUAAAACAGUUUUCUUUUUUGUCAGCUUUGAGUUCUAGGAUUACAUGAGUAGGGGAAAGGUCCUUGACUUUAAAGGGAAAAGAAAGUGGAAUUCUUAAAAAAUAAAUUCCAUACUGGGAGCAGAAAGGAAUUAAGUGCUUCAUAAAACCAAGAAAAAUAAAUCCAAAUCCUCCUAGAAAUAAACUGGGUUGAAAAUAAGUAUACUGACUCUUGGUUGGUAGGUGAAAAGAUCAUGAGUCUUGAAUUGUUUUCAAAUUAGAUAAAAAUGGUUCCAGCAAAGAGUCUUACAGGUUCCUUUGGAAGUACUUUUUACUUUUCAUUAGGGCUUAUGUCACAGCAGUUUCCUUUAAUUUUUAAGAUUUCUAAAUUGCCUUGAUUUUCUUUGACUUCAUAUCUUUGUACUGUGAGUGACCCCUUGCCAUAUGAAUGCCGCUUAUAAAUAACGUCAUAAUAUGUUUUGCUAGCCAUUGCCUCCUCAGGUUAAGUCUUUUCCCCUCACCUUGGUUUCCAAAUACUAUUUUUGGUUUUCUUGUGUGAUCUAGUCAAAGAUCUCAAAAGCUGCCUAGUUGGCUAACAGUGAUCACAUUUGUAUGCUCAGAAUGAAACUGAAGCAUGGAGGAGGUGGUGAUUAGUCCAAUCUAAUUAGCUCAAAAGUUAUUCUUCAUCCUGGCUAUGAUAAUAGCUACCAUUUGCAAAGCACUUAUUGUGUACCAGAUACAUCUUUAAGAAUUUUAUGUAUAUUAUUUGCUCAUCAUGAUAACCUUUCAGAUUAUUGUGUUCUUUUUAUAGUUGAGAAACUCAGGAUACCUGUUUAUCAUUUUUUCCAUAUAAAUGUAUUUCUUAAUUUAUUUUAAUUAGUCUUUGAAUUUUUUUAGUGUUAUAUCCUUUUAUUAUUUUAAUAUUAUAGGAUCUAGGCUUGUCUACUGCAGUGAGUAAGGCAUCUUAGAGUUCCAUGGUAUAAAAAUAAGAAGGACGAAUUUUUGUCAUACCCCUCAGAAAAACUGAGUAUUUGCUCUUGGUUCUGGUUCCUGAGCUUCUUCCAUGGCUCCCAAUUAAAAAUUUUAAAUCAAAUCUCAUUAGCUAGAAACAGAAGCCAUUUAUCCCUUGCUGAGGGCCAAUUAUAUAUAUUACUUUCUCAAAAUGAAAUAUUCUUACUUAUAGAAUCAGACAGUCUAUCUUCCCUUUAACCCUGUUUUUGCCCUCAGUUUUUAAAGAUUUUUAAAGAUUUCUAUUUGCAUUUCUGCAUUUUGAGCAGUUCUCAUGUGAAAAUAAUUAUGAUUUCAUAAAAUUCACAUUCCACUGGUUCCUUUGAAUCUUACCAAGCAGUCUUCCUUAUAACAGCAGCAAUGAACCUGAACUGUUUCAGUGCUUUAAUUACUGAGAUAGGUCACAAAUGUCAAAGUCGAGACAGUGGUUUAUAGGAGUGAGGCUUUAUUAUUCUUUAUGUUGGCACAGCCUAUCACUUUUCUCUGAAUUCUUAUCAUGAGAACAUAAUAAAAAUAUGUAUAAUACCCAAUUAUUUGGCAUUACCUUCACUUAAGUUGCAGUUAAUUCUAAGCCAAAUUAUACCAUCUUUCUCUCUGUACCUUAGCUCCUUGAAUUGAUAUUCCUUGGUCUAGGAAAUUUUAGGCACUUCCCCCAACCUUGUAUUUAUUCUUCUAAUGUUAUCCAAAGUAUUCUGCCUCUGCUCUCCUCAGCCUAAGAGCUUUCUUUAACUUCAGAGGCCUUAGGCAGUGAUUAUUAAAAUGUGGUUGAGUCUGCCAUACACUUGCUAAGCUAGUCAUUUUAGGCAUUAACAUUUAUUAUCACCUCCAUAUUUAUAUUUUUGAGAUACAAUAACUUCUCACUGGUAUUAUCUAGAUGCCCCCUCACCCCUAUUCUCAUAGUUUUGUGUUCUGCUUUUUGUCAGGGGUGAAAGACAAGUUGGUGGUGUGAUUUAGGGCAAAGAACAGCAGGCUUCCAAACAGCAGAUUUGGAUUUUAACCCUGGCUUUGUCAUUAAGUAGCUCUGGUACCCCAGGCAAGUCACCUGCCCUCUCUGGUUCAUUUCUCAUCUAUAAAACAAGAUGGCUGGACAAGAUGAUCUGAGGCCAGUUCCAAAGGGAGAAAAACUGGCCUAAGGAACUAAAGGCAGAGAAGGUAGAGAAGUGAUAUAGUAGUUUCAGGAAGAGGAUUGUGGCCUUUGGUUUAGAAGAUCAGGCCGCCCAGAAGAACCAGUGGUCAUUUCCUACUUUAUCCAUAGUCCCUGACGUUAAGGUUGGUGGGAAUGGACUUUCCAAAAGCAAUCAUCAUACAUCAAUUUCAGAAAAUGAGAUUUUUUUUUUUUAUGCUACUGACAAUUCUUAUUUAUUGAAAUCAGUGCUUAAGAAACUCUACCUGUGAACACUUUGAAAUCCCAGUUCAAAUCACAUUAAAAUAUUCCAUGAUUCAUACUUUCAACCAAGAUUGGUCUCUCUUUCCCAGUUUAUCCCAACUGGUGAAGUUUUACAAAAUAAACAUCUUUAGCUUCCUAGAGUUACAUUUUUACUUGUUUGACUUAUUUGCUGAUUUUUGUAAUGUGCUUUAUAUGAUAAAAAAUUCUAUGAAAGUGCUAGGACUAUUGGUUAGAGAUUACUUUUUUUUUGAAUUUUAUUUUAUUUAUUUUUUUAU